UUGUGUUAGGAACAACCCAGGCUUCGAACCUCCACACGCCACGCUGGUUCGCCCAUAGAAAGAGGACGUAGACCCUCCUCCGUGGCAGUGUUUCGCGCAGGGCGUCGGGAGCCAUCACCCACGGGUGCCCCCCCAAGCGGGCACCCCACCAGCAAGCACUCGGCGGGGUGCCCCGGCCCUCUCGCCCCCCUUCCCCUCCCGGGGCCGGGCCGCCCCGCUCGGAACCCCCGCCCCUGCGGAGCCCCCCUCCCCGGCUAUAAAGGCGGCGGGGCAGCCCGAGCCCCUCCUGGCCCGCAGCCAUGGCCGCGCUGCGCUUCGGGGAGCCCCCAGCCGAGCCGCCCGCCUUCCCCGCAGGCAGGUGGCCGGGGGGCGGCGGGCCCGGCUCGGCCUCGCCCGCCCUGAGGGCGCUGCCCCCGGCGGAGCCGUCAGAGGGUGCGCCGGCGGCCUCGCAGCGUCGGAAGCGGACCAGCUUCACGGCGGCGCAGCUGGAAACGCUGGAGCUGGUGUUCCAGGACACCAUGUACCCCGACAUCUACCUGCGGGAGAAGCUGGCCUACGCCACGCAGAUCCCCGAGUCCCGCAUCCAGGUCUGGUUCCAGAACCGGCGCGCCAAGUCCCGCCGCCAGAGGGUCCCGCCCCGGCCGGGCCCUGGCCCCGCUGCCGCCGAGCCGCCGCCAGGCUUCCCGCGGCCAAGGGGCUUCGCCGCCCUGCGCGGCCCGGAGCGGCCCCGCUGCGCGCUGCCCGGCGCCACACAGCUCCUCCCGCUCAAGGAGGAGGGAUCGGCCCCCUACGAGUGGCCGCCGGCCGCCGCCUUCCCGCCCGGCCCCGGCUUCGACGGUUUCCAGCCCGGCGGGGCCGAGGCCGCCUCCUUCGCGGGGUCUCCGGCGGCCGGGCCCUACCCGCCGGGCCGCGCCUUCUGCGGGCAGUACUCGCCCGUGUCGGACGCAGAGGACACCAGCGGCUACUCGGAGUCGGGCUCGGAGUGGGAGGAGAACGCGCUCGGAGCCUUCCGAGCUCUCUGAGCGCCCGGGUCGGGGGUU